AUGGCUGAACCCCCCCCAAUCAAGCAGCCCCAGGGCAACAAGAAGAGAAAACCCUCGACGAUAGCCGAGUCCGCCGGACCGAAGAAGAGCAGAGCGGCCUCGAGCGGCCCCACGACACCGCUGCCCGCGCACGACGCCCUCCUCGCCAGCCUGAGGCCCAAGUACGACGUCCUUCCCGCCUUCACAAUCUCCUCGACCAAGAUCCAGAAGCGGGUGAACUGGCUCCUGCUGCAUCUGCGCAAGGACGACGGCGACCCGAGGAAGCGCGCCGUGCUCCUCUACGCGCGGCCGGGCGACGUCGUCAAGAUGAUCACCAUCGCGGAGCUCGUGAAGCGCAUCGUCGCGGAGGACGAGGGCGGGCGGUGGUACCAGUACAACCAGAUGUGCGAGCUCCCGCCGAAAGCCGACGUCGUGGAGGAGACCAUGCUGGGCGGCGGCGGCCUCGCCAAGGCCGCGGCGGGCUCUGACGACGAUUUCGAGGUCAUGGAGAGCCGGUUCGAGAGGGCGGUCCUGCCUCCGCCGGCCAGCCGCGCGGCCAAGUCACUGAGCGUCUUCCUAUCGCUCGCGCCCAUUCCCGAGUUGAGGGCCAAGGACGGCGUCACCACCCAGACGAACGAACCCCAGGGUGCCUCGACGAGCACCGCCACAAAGUAA